CGCGUGUUUGCAACAGCUGUCAAAGUUGGCGAUGUCACUGUCAGUUUCACGUUUCACUUGUACGGCUAUGGGUUCGGAGAAUCUUAUUUGAUUUUAAAAAUAUAUUUACGUAUUAAUUUCAAUGGAUACCGUAUUCAACAUUUAAAAAACCCAAGUUGACAUAAAGCUUGAUAUAUUUCCAUGCUUUAUAACUAAGUAAAUAUACUUAGGUUAGGAGUUUAUGUUGGUUUCCUAAAAUGUCUUUUCCGGGUGAUAAUUUGAUGGGAAAUUAUGAACCGGUGCGUGGUCGGGAUGACCAGAACAGCUACACGGUCCGGCAGGCUUAUGAAGAAGGCGGCCUCAAGGCUGGAGCUAGCCGCGUCGCCCGGCUUGCAUACGGCGUCCUCUCCCGUCGGAAAGCGGCUGAGGAAGGAGCAGCUCGACUGGCCCGGGUGCUCUCGGCCCUCGACUUGACCGCUCUCGGGGUCGGCAGUACCCUCGGAGUAGGUGUCUACGUACUCGCUGGUGAUGUCGCCAAGAACUAUGCUGGUCCCGCCGUGAUAUUGUCGUUCCUAUUAGCAGCGGUAGCCAGUGUUUUUGCAGGCUUAUGUUAUGCGGAGUUCGGUGCUCGAGUACCGAAGGCAGGGUCGGCGUAUGUGUACAGUUACGUGUGCGUCGGCGAGUUCAUAGCGUUCAUCAUAGGAUGGAAUCUGAUACUCGAGUAUAUUAUUGGAGCGGCAUCAGUAGUGAAAGCUCUGAGUGAAUAUUUAGACUCCUUGCUAAACAAGGCUAUAUCUACACACCUAGAAGCGGCCAUGCCAAUAGACACGCCACAUCUAGCAAAGUACCCAGAUCUAUUCGCCUUCUCCGUCAUCAUGGCGUUCUCAGUGGCGCUUGCGUUCGGCGUAAAAGAAUCUACGAAGUUCAACAACUUCUGCACGGGAGUCAAUCUGUGUGUCGUGCUGUUUGUCAUAAUAUCUGGAUCUUUUAAAGCCGACACGAAGAACUGGCGUAUCCCAGCGGAAGAAGUACCGAAAUCUGAACACAAAGACUUUGGCACGGGCGGGUUCGCGCCGUACGGGCUCGCCGGCAUAAUCAAGGGAGCUGCCGUCUGCUUCUAUGGGUUCAUUGGGUUCGACUGCGUGGCGACGGCGGGCGAGGAGGCGCGGCGCCCUCAGAAGACGAUCCCGUUCGCGGUGGUGGCCUCCCUGCUCGUCGUGUUCCUCGCCUACUGCGGGGUCUCCUCCGUGCUUACCCUCAUGGUGCCCUACUACAUGCAGGACGAGAAGGCUCCGUUCCCGUUCGUGUACGACCAGCUGGGCUGGCCGUGGGCCAAGUACGCCGUCAGUGUCGGGGCCAUCUGUGCGCUCUGUUCUAGUUUGCUAGGCGCAGUGUUCCCGCUCCCCCGCAUCAUAUACGCGAUGUCCUCCGACGGUCUGUUGUUUCGCUUCAUGGGGCAAGUCAGCGAGAGGUUCCAGACUCCACUCAUUGGUACCAUGAUCGCUGGACUCUUUACUGGUACCUUGGCGAUGAUCUUCAGACUGGAACAGCUCAUCCACAUGAUGUCCAUCGGCACUCUACUUGCUUACUCUAUGGUCGCGUCCUGCGUACUCCUACUUAGAUACGAAUACGCGGGCGGGCACCGCGCGCCGGAGCCGCUGCAGUGGUCGUACCGCGCCGCGCUGCGCCAGCUCAUCAACGCGGACGGACUCGUCGCGCCCUCCCGCCUCAGCUCCCUCACCGUCUCCGUCCUCGUCACUCUCUACGGUGUUUGGUGUUUCGUGAUGAUGUCGAGUAUCAAUCAGUACGGCGACGCCAUCUUGGAAGGUCACGUGGGCGCCGUGGCCAUGUUGACUGUUGGCACUAUACUCGUAGUCGUCACGCUCGUGGCCAUCUCCAGGCAACCAGUGUCCGAUAAGAAACUGGCCUUCUCUGUUCCACUAGUCCCGUGGCUGCCAGGUAUCAGUAUCCUGAUCAACGUGUACCUGAUGCUCAACCUGGAUUACAUGACCUGGUUACGAUUCGCUGUCUGGAUCGCCGCUGGCCUUCUCAUCUACUUUACAUACGGCGCGUGGCACAGUUCGGAGCGUAAGCGUAAGAAUGACUCCGUACCGAUGGCAGACCUCCACAAUGAUAGCCAGACUGCGUUGCUGAACAACGGGCUGACACACGCGCUCGGCUGACAGACAGCCAAGCAGGUGAAGCCAGACACUAGCGAAGGGAUCGUCAGCCCUUCCAGUACAGUCGUCUCCUUCAUUUCUAGCAUUUAGUAAUUGAAAACAGUAUUGAGGGUGAUUUAGAUGGAUAUGAAACAUAACUUUGAUAUCAAAGAACCAAAAUUAUUUUAUUUGA